UUGAAAUGAGCAGCAAUUUUCAUUUAGGUGAUUUUCAUCUUUGGAACUAAUUUCAUUGAUGCAGAAAAAGUUUUGAAAAAUCAAUGACCACCUUUCAUAAAUCUGACUUUAAUGUAUGUUUGUCUUUGUGUUGAAAUUGGUUUCACGGGUACACAGACGAGGCACAGUGUUCUACAAAGUCUAUACACACGUAGGAAUGAAAAUGAUCCAGGUUGUCUAACAAUAUAAGGCACAGCGAGGUCACCAUAAACUCACUGUUGGAGCCCCACAGACCCACUCUGAGCCCUGAUGGGAAUGUUAUUCUAGUGAUGUCUUUGUGAGGAUGAUGAGAUGAAGACUAUUCACGGGUGGAUUGGGAAGCAGCCUCGCUCUUAUACAUUUUGGCUAUGAUGCCGAGGAUCCCCUGCCCCUCCCCUGGAGAUCAGAGGAAAAUCUGAUAAUAGGCUGCUAUCUGUGCGUCAUGGCCACAAGGAGAGAGCGGCGGUGAAAGCGGGAGUGCGCCUCUACGCUGUGAUCAGUCCGCCUCCACAUGGCUCAGGUUUGAUCUUAUACUCACUCCUCGACCCCAAACACAACAUGAUGUCAUGUGUUGGUAUGGGCUCAGCUUCGCAGGUUGCUCCGCGUGUUGACGUUACCUGAGAUAGUUUUUAUUUAGUUUGAAUAUAUAUAUAUAUUUGGUAUCUUGAACUUGACUUGCAAACGGAACCAGGAGGAAGAGUCGCUUGGGAUUCAGACUUCAGUGGAUGCAGACACAAGACGUUUUUCAGCAGAAGACACCCGAAAUCAAAUAGUUUCAGUGACUUUUGAGAAGGAAGAAAAAUCCCUGGAGAAGACUGGUGUCAACAAAAGCAAUCAACCUCUGAGACCAGACUGAGUAAAGACGAGAAAAGCAGCCAUGCUCGGCGGUGAAGGAGAGGGCAGCACUUUCUCCUCUACGAAAGGAGCAGCAGAGGAAAGGCGCAAGUCUCCAGCUGUAGAUGGGGAUGAUCCGACUGCUCGCAGCAGGUACACGGAGCACGGGAUGAGUGCUGAUCGUUACUACAUCCCUCCAACAGUUUCCAAACAAAGCCCAGAGCCGGCCAAUCCCUGCUCUUUCAUCCCUUAUACCCCCAGUGGGACGGUUUACACCCCGUCCAGCGCCGGUAGGUACCCCUCAUCUCUCCACUUGAGCUCCGUGUUGCCUCCCACUGGGUUUUCCCCAUCUGCAGCCAGCCGCAGUCACUUCAGCUCGGCUUACCAGCUCGGGCAGAGCCCCGGCUGCAUCUACCCGCCCUACACCGGCUCAAGUUCCGCUCUCAGCAACAUGAGUCUGCCCACCGCCGGCCCCGGGAUCAGGGCCCAGGUCUACCUCUGCAACCGGCCGCUGUGGCUCAAGUUCCACCGGCACCAAACCGAGAUGAUCAUCACUAAGCAGGGCAGACGAAUGUUCCCGUUUCUCAGUUUUAACAUAGCUGGUCUCAACCUGACAGCGCACUACAACGUCUUUGUGGAAGUGGUGCUGGCGGAUCCAAACCACUGGAGAUUUCAAGGUGGCAAGUGGGUCACCUGUGGGAAGGCGGACAACAGCAGCCAAGGUACGAAAACAGGGAACAAAGUUUAUAUCCAUCCAGAGUCUCCAAACACUGGGGCCCACUGGAUGAGACAAGAAAUCUCCUUCAGCAAACUGAAGCUCACCAACAACAAAGGAACCAGUCAUAGUACUUCACAGAUGAUUGUCUUGCAGUCGCUGCACAAGUACCAGCCUAGGCUGCACAUCGUGGAGGUGACGGAGGACGGGGUGGAGGACGUUAACAAUGACGUUAAGACUCAGAGCUUCACUUUUCCAGAGACCCAGUUUAUUGCUGUCACUGCCUAUCAGAACACUGAUAUCACACAGCUGAAAAUUGAUCACAACCCUUUUGCCAAAGGAUUCAGAGAUAAUUAUGAUUCGAUGUACACAGCUCCAGAGAAUGACCGCCUCACCCCAUCUCCAACUGACUCUCCACGUGCACACCAGAUUGUCCCUGGUGCCCGCUACGCCAUGCAGCCCCUCUUCCAGGACCAAUUUGUCAACAACCUACCCCAGAAUCGCUUCUACAACAGUGAGAGAGCAGUACCGCAGACUAACAGCCUGCUCUCACCUCAGACUGAAGAUGGGGCUUCGCAGAGGUGGUUUGUCACCUCUGUGCAGCAAGGGGGAAACAGCACUAGCACCAGCAACAAGCUAGAUCUGACACCUUAUGAGGGUGAAUACUCAAGCUCCCUGCUUCCUUAUGGUAUCAAAUCCCUGUCCAUGCAAACAUCCCACGCUCUCAGCUACUACCCAGACUCUCCCUUCACCACCAUGUCUGCAGGAUGGGGGUCCAGGGCAGCAUACCAGAGAAAGGUCACUCCGAGUCUGCCUUGGUCUCCCAGACCCAGUCCCACUGCUGGUUUCUCAGAAGACUCAGACAAAGUUAAACCACAGAUAGAGGAGGAGGUGAAUGGCAGUGGAGGCCUGAUCUCCUCAUGGACGGAGACACAGCCAUCAGCUCUUUCCCUUGACAAGGCUGAUUCUUAUUCCUCAGCCUGCAAACGAAGGCGUUUGUCUCUCAAUGGUCCAAGCACAGAGGACUCACCCACUGACAUUAAGUGUGAGGACUUGGCCACAGCUCCCACCAACAGUAGCUCCUAUAGCAAGGAAAGCCCCUCAUCCAAAGGCAUGGCAGCUUACUACUCCUUUUACACAAACCCUUGAAUGAUGUGUCCCUGAAAAAGUACGGCCUCAUGUUGUCAUUUCGGUUGUUCUUCAUCUGCCAACGUGAAUAUGAAAUAUUAUUUUGCUUUUCUGGUAUGUAUGCACCCAGAAUUUGUCUUGGUGGUGAAAAAUGUUUUUUCCCUUCUGUGGUGACACAGGAAAUAUCAAGGACACAUUAAAAUAAUGACAUUACAAGCCACGAAGCACCUAUAUGGCACAAUAAGCAUUCCCACCAUGAGAUGUACACUUCUUUUAUCUUUCUAAAGUCUAUCUGUUUUCCUGGACUUCCUAGGUAUUUUUUGAACUUCCCAUUUAUGUAACUCUGUAUUUGCAGUUUUCAAAGUGCCAAAGCAUUUGUUUAAGUUGUCCCAUUUAAAACAAAACAACAGUGUUAUGUAUGUUUUAUUGUUGCAUACAUUACUGUAUCUGGCUUUACAUUGAGAUUAUGUGUUUACAGAUUAUUUAUUGAAGGCCUGUUGAUAUGAAAUUUGUGCACUCUCAAAUGUAAGAAUACUAUGCUGUACAUACCUUUGUUGCAAUGUCCAAAUAUUUGAUAAUAAAAGCCAUAUGUAUUA